CGGAGUCGAAUGUGGCGACUGUUGAGUGACGGUAUUAUUAGCCAAUAGACAGCCAUCUCUUACUAACGAAGAGAAACGAUAGUAAUGGUUACAUUUUACUUCUAACUUAGGUGAAGUUAAUUUUCUUCGUAGUCAACUAUUUUGUAAUGUUCGAACCAUUUUCGUUUAAAGCCCAUGUUUAUAGAUUGACCCAUCGUAAUAGUUGUUUCUUUGGCCACUCCACCCGAUCUUACGAUAAAAUAAACAACCUACAAUGAGUGUUGUUAUGAAUGCAAAUAGCACUAAGAGAAGAGGAACUAACAGUUCGAUGGUUAGCCAAACGAGUUCAAGCAGCACCUCCACAUCUCAGGUGGGGGGCAACAGUGCAGUAUCGGUUCCAGUUUCCGCAGACUUAGCAUCCCUCUUUGAAUGCCCUGUGUGUUUUGACUAUGUGCUGCCGCCCAUCCUACAAUGUCAGAGUGGUCACCUCGUUUGCAGCAGCUGCAGGCCUAAACUAACUUGCUGCCCUACAUGCCGCGGACCCCUUGGGAACAUAAGGAACUUGGCCAUGGAGAAGGUAGCCAGCACAGUGCUGUUCCCGUGCAAGUAUUCCACUUCCGGAUGCUCCAUGUCGUUGCUUCAUACUCAGAAAGCAGAGCAUGAAGAGAUCUGCGAGUACCGUCCGUACUCCUGUCCCUGUCCCGGUGCCAGCUGUAAGUGGCAAGGAGCUUUAGAGCAAGUCAUGCCUCACCUGAUGAUGUCUCACAAGUCCAUCACUACACUCCAAGGAGAAGAUAUAGUUUUCCUCGCUACAGACAUAAACUUGCCUGGGGCCGUAGACUGGGUAAUGAUGCAGUCGUGCUUCGGUCACAACUUUAUGUUAGUUCUUGAAAAGCAAGAGAAGUAUGAUGGCCAUCAGCAAUUCUUCGCCAUCGUGCAGCUCAUCGGCUCACGCAAGCAAGCAGAAAACUUUGCGUAUAGACUGGAGCUCAACGGUCACAGGCGGAGGUUGACUUGGGAAGCGACUCCGCGCAGCAUCCACGAGGGAGUGUCGUCCGCAAUCCUCAAUUCUGACUGCCUCGUGUUUGAUACAACUAUUGCCCAGCUGUUUGCUGACACAGGGAAUCUCGGUAUUAACGUCACAAUCUCCAUGGUGUAAAGUAAACCAUAGACAAUACACAUCUCAUUUUCAGUUUAUCAUAUGUUAUCGUUCACUUUGUUUAGUUAUAUUUUGAGAGUUAUUACCCUGUGAUAGAAGGCUUAGUCACCGCCUUCCCUUAAAUAUUUAAGCCAAAUUGUUAAUGUCCAGUUCUACGAGCUUCUUAAUAGUUUGAUAAUUUAUAAACAUACCGAAGCUAGAACAGAAAGAAACAUGUUGGUAAGUAUGUAUGAGGUGGCAGCAUAUUUUGACUACAUUUUUUGUUAUUAAUGAAGAGUAUAUUACAUUUACUAUGUAAAAGGUUGUCUGGUUAUUUCGGUUUUGUCACUAAGGGUAAAGGAAAGUGUUUUUUCUCGUGUGUUCAUAAAGCGGUGCACACACCGGAGCGGUGCGAUAUUCACACGGUGAUUUAGUAUAAUGGAAGUAAAUGCGAGAGACCACACCGGAGCGGUGGGAGCGGUAGUGGUAUACCGCCCGAACCACUGCACCGCUGAGAUGCAGCAUGUUCAUUUCACACCCAGCGGUGACAGUGCGACGAGUCAUUUUGCGUCCAUUACUCCAAGCAAACACAUGGCAAUAAUGUUGGUCCUCAGUCCUCAGUUCAAGCAUCAAUGUAUGGUAUUCGCCAUGUUUAAAUCACCUUUUGUUGAUGUCAUGUACCCACUAUGUAUGCCCCAUGUUAUCUUUGCAAUCGUCAUCUUCAGCUACAUCGAACACUAGCAGCAGUUCUUCCUCGUCGUCUGUCAUAUUUCUAACUAACAACACACCGCACUUGUUGAUUUCAUAUUCAUAAAUGACGACAAAAAAUUGCUGUAGACUGCUGUCACCGCAGCGGUGCGGAAUCGCUUCGGUGUGAACGCCCCAGCGAUUAUUCCGCGGCAGUGAUGGUGGAUGGGGGAGAUGAAAAAACUCACCAAUACCGCCACCGUUCCGGUGUGUGCAGUGUUAUUAAAUCUUUGUAUCUGAUUGUUUGUUACAUGUGGUCAGCCAAGUAGAGGUACAGACGUUCCCCCAUAGCAGCAAAUGUUUAACUGCCACAAAACUAAAGGGUGAAUAUGUAACAAAUACAUUUUUUUAAGUGAUUUGAAUGUUACCUUUUACAAAUUACGUAAAUAAAAAACACUCGAUCAUGUAAAGUGACAGUAGUACUUGGCCAAGCCGAGAUGAAUUGUAUGAUUAUGUAAACUUAAACGUGUAUAAUUUGUUUAUAUGUAAAGUAUCAUGGUAAAGCCAUAAUUUUAACAAAUAUUUAAUUUUUUUAGAUGUAGUAUUUAAAUAUUCACAAUCAUUUGUGUGCAGCGCAGCUGGGAAGGUGGAGGCUGCGCCUAGUGUAUAUUUUAGUUUGAUAAUAUCUCAUCACUUUUUAAUGUCAGGGUUUUCAUGAAAUGAUUCAUAAAUUUACUAUCAAGAAUGAACUGAUGCUCUUGGUAUAAGUGAGGCCUUUAAUUUAUCAUUAAAUUUCAAUAAAUGUAUUUUUGUAGUUAUUAAUGAAGUUGUCUUGUAAUCUAUAGGCAAAUGGUCAUAUGUACAUCUUGAAUUUGGAUACUAUUCCAGUAUGGCACAUUACUACAAGAAAUUACUAUAAUGCCAGGAAUGUGACUCUUAAAAAAAUAUCUUUAAAUUAUUCUCAUCUUAAUCUAUUUAGAAAAAGUAAUUGACAAACAUUUUAAAACUGAAUAAAUUUGAAAGCUCCUCCCUUGAUUGAUUCUUUUGUUUAUAACUGCUGACAAAUUAUGUACCCAAAGAGAUGUCCAUGUGUACGUGUAUAUCAUAAAUUAGGGAUGGGCAUAUAGUAAAUAUGUAUAUUACACAUGUCUGGUCUAAAUAAUGUCAGUCUAAAUUUUCCAUGUUUGCCUAUGGACUUAAAUUUCUGCUAAGCACUUAAAUCUUACUAUACUUUACUAAAGUAUUUCUAGUAGACACAUAAUAACGUUAUCGUUUUAAACUUAUCAUUUUAAUAAAUUGUGACUCGCUUUUAUGCCAGUGUAAUAAACCACUGGCAUAAUCUUGAUUUUUUUCUGACUAUGCUAGAAAAUUCUACUCUGUAUACCAAUAGUGAUAUUUGUAGAUUUAAAUACAUAAAGGUGCAUUAAUAUUAAUAUUCCAGUUGUACUAGUUAGUAUACAACUUUGAACAUACUACUGUGUAAUUCCAUUCAUAAUUAUUGUGAUUAGACUGCUGGGAGUAUCAGUUCUUUAUUUUUAUGAUUCACAAACCAGUUUUUUUGAGAACCCCAACAUAUUAACAGUUGAUAUGUUAUUUUAUAAACAUGAAAAAUAAUAAAAGAUUUAUUUAUAAGUUACUAGUUACUUGUAUUAUUUAUGAGUUGAUUUUUUAAAUUAAUAUAUUUUGUGGACCUUAAUCACUGCUGAGUUUUGUCCCAUGGAUAUCUCUGACUUUCUGGGUAAUCGAGUGGUUAUAGUGAUUGACUAACAAUCAAAAGGCUGCUGGUUUGAUGCUGAGAAACGUCAGUAGGUUUUUGAUGAUUCGAAACUGGACACAACCAUUCCUGAUCAUUGGGCUUUAGAUAAAUAAUCCUUGCUAAUGAAACAACUGAUCUUGGUCACACUAGUACCGUACUGACUACAGAGAUCAUCUCACACCAUUCUACACUCAUCCUUCACUCAGAUUGUGUUGUCCCCAUCUUAGUGGUUGAUAACUGAUGAUUGACCAUUUAGAAAUAGAUAGAUUUAUUCCAAAUUCCCUUCACAAAUAAAAAUUAAAAUAAAUAUUGUUUAGAGUAAGUUUCAAAGCUUUUUUCCAAAUAAAAAAUUGUGGUUUCUCACUAUCUGUUUACCAAAGAGUUUUGAGCUCAUUAACUUACAACAUUUUAUCCAAACAAUGUGACUACGCAUUAGACUACAAUUUUAAUGAAUUCAUUCAACUGAAGACUUGAUUGAGUAAUGAAUGAAAAUAUGAAUAUCUCUUUUGGUUUUGUAAUGUUUAUUCUACACUCAACAACAGUUUAUGGAUUAAGUUAAGUCCAAAUCGUUGAACGACAAAUAAACAUUGCAUCAGCUGAUUGAUUUAAUAGUGUUGCCAACUUGUUUUCAAGCGUACACGUAUUACGUUCAUAAUGCAAGCACACUAUUAUGUGUUGAUUGGUUGAAAUACUGGAGUGUGGGAAAGUAAAAUGAGUGUAUGAAAGUAAGUAAAUGCAGGAAUCAGCUACUUUGUGUGUUAUAAUCAGUGCAAGGAAACCCAUUUUGUCAGGUAACUGUAGGAAAAAUUGAUAUCUGUUGUAGCAUCGAAAAUUGCUGUAUUUUACCAUGUAUAUUUAUUAAAGCACAUUACAAAUACAGAAAAAAGGAAACACUAUCGGAUCAAUACCGUUGAGCAUAAGCUUAAUAUACUACAAAAUUAAAUACCUAUUAGAGCCUAUGCACCAAUGACUUUAGAUACUGCUAAUAGACAUCCCAUUUAUAUGAAACACAUGUACCAUUGACUUUGGAAACUGCAAGUAGAAAUCACAUUUACGUAAACCUGAUGUACCAAUGACUUUGGAUACUGCAAGUAUACAUCCCUUUUACCUGAACCAAAUGUACCAUUGACUUUAAAAAAUGAAAGUAGAAAUACGAUGUUUACAUUCGACAAUAGUAGCAUUGACUUUGGAUACGGUAAGUUUCAUUGCAAAGUAUCAAAGUAUCAUCCCAUUUAUGUGAACCAGAUUUAGCAUUGUCUUUGAAUACUGCUUGUAAACAUUCCAUUCAUGUGAACCCGAGCCCAUUGGGAACAAACAUUUCGUUGUUACAUUUUCCAAAAUUAUUGAAUUGAUAUUCUUGCUCCGCUCAAUAUUGCAAGCAGACAACUGCUUUGUACACCUAGUAAAGGUUGUCACCUGGAAACUUUGUUGUUUAUAAGGUUUGUAAACACAGCUCUGUAGCAACAUACCCAAGCUUAUUACUAAAUGCUCAAUGCACAUUCUUUAGUUGUCCAUAAUACAAUGCCAAAGUAAGAAAGUGAUUAAGGCACCAGUCAAUCAUUUGUUACUAAAUGAUUUCUUUAUCAUUUAGGUUUGAUUACAAUUGUUCAACUAUGGUAUAGAUAUACCACAAAAGUUUGAUCACUAUAUUUUUGUUGCCUUCAUUCAUAACCGCAACUUAGGUGUGCUACAUAUUUUGUCACAAAAUUUUUUUUUAUAAUUGAGUUUUGAGUUAUAAUUUAUUGAUUCAUAUGUAUGAUGUAGUCAAUACCUCUGUUAUUGGACAUACAAGCUAAAUGUUUAUAUGUAAAUAAAAUGUCCUAAUAAAGCUGGUUAUGAAAA